AUGGGUCGCAUCAGUGAGAACUUCGGGGUGCUCUACCUCGGCGUCGCUGCAGGCGUCUAUUUUAAACCGGAAUAUGCCAUAUACAACUCAAGGAUUGCAACUAUGGUUAUUCUAACGAUGAUUAUCACCGUAUCCAAGUUGAUCUAUCAGCUGUUCCUCUUCCCUGCGCUAUUCACCCCGGCUAAACAUAUUCCAACCCCACCAAAUCGGCAUUGGCUCACUGGAAAUACUUCUUCGUAUUUCCUUGAAACUCCAUAUGAGCACAUGCGAAAAUGGAUCCGCACGAUGCCCAAUGAGGGCCUCAUCCGAUACUACAUUGUUGGCAACAUCGAGCGUAUCAUUUUGACGAGCCCCAAGGCCUUGAGUGAAUUACUGGUCACCAAGAAUUAUGAUUUUGAGAAGCCAUUGAUGGCUCGACAAAGUCUGCGCCGGGUCGUUGGCGAUGGUAUUCUCCUUGCUGAGGGUGACGAGCACAAGCUCCAACGCAAGAACCUCAUGCCUGCAUUUGCCUACCGCCAUAUCAAGGACUUGUAUCCUGUCUUCUGGACCAAAAGCGCGGAAAUGGUCCAGCUAAUCCAGCAGGACAUCGAAAGCAGAAACUCCUCUGAAGACAACACCAUCCAGGUCCGCAACUGGGCCAGUCGAGCCACACUCGACAUCAUCGGCGUGGCGGGCAUGGAUCACGAUUUCGAUUCGCUCCGCAACCCGGGCAACACUUUGAGCAAAUCAUAUGAACGUAUCUUCGUCAGCCCUAGUCUGACAACCAAGAUCUUAUUCGUCGUAGCAAUGCUGCUUGGUAACAUGGAAGUGGUCGCGAAGCUUCCCACACAGCGCAACAAAGAUAUAUACGAGGGCGGCGAAGUCGUUCGCAAUGUUGCCCGCCAGAUGAUCCGAGAAAAGAAGGCAAAGAUGGAAGACGCCAACGCCACAAUAGGGUUCGACAUCAUCUCCGUUGCCAUGAAGAGCGGCACAUUUGAUGAAGAGAACCUCGUCGAUCAGUUAAUGACCUUCCUGGGCGCCGGCCACGAAACCACCGCCACGGCGAUGCAGUGGGCCGUGUACGCACUCUGCAAGAACCCGGAAGUCCAGACGCGUUUGCGCGAAGAGAUCCGCGCCAAUCUCCCAUCCAUCUCCGAGGAAAACCCAACCAUCGACGCCGCCACACUCGAUAAUUUACCCUACCUCCACGCCGUCUGCAACGAAAUUCUCCGCUUCCAUCCAUCAGUCCCCUCCACCGUUCGUACUGCAGUCAAGGAUACAACAAUCGUCGGGAAAGACAUCCCCAAAGACACAAUCCUUGUCAUCUCACCCGAAAUCCUUAAUCAUAUGGAAGAGCAUUGGGGGCCGGACGCAGACAAAUUCAACCCGGAUCGAUUCAUGGGUCCCGGAAAGGCCAAUACCGGCGGCGCCACCAGCAACUAUGCUUUCUUGACUUUCCUGCAUGGCCCGCGCAGCUGUAUUGGUCAGGGAUUUGCAAAGUCGGAACUUGCUUGUUUGCUUGCUGCUACGGUGGGGAGGUUCCAUAUGGAGUUGAGAUAUCCUGAUAAGAAGUUAGAAGUCAGGGAGGGUGCGACUGUUUCGCCAAAAGACGGUGUCUUGGCUAGAUUUACUCCGCUGGAGGGGUGGUAA